AUGGAGGAGGGGGAAAGAAGCCCCCUGCUUGGCCAGGAUGCUGUGGGGCUGGAGCUGCCCCCCUCCACGAGCAGCCUACCCACUUCCAGCUGCCCACAUCCAUCACCCCGGGAGGACCACUCAGGGGCCUGGGGCUGCAUCUGCUGUCCUCCGGGGGCCAAGCGCCGGUCCUGGAGGGGUGGCCUUCGGAGGAGCCCAGCUACCUCCCUCCCCGCUGGGAGCACCUGCAUCAAGUACCUGACCUUCCUGUCCAACUUCCUCUUCUCCCUGCUGGGCCUGCUGAGCCUGGCAGCCGGGCUCUGGGGCCUGGCUGUCAAGGGGCCUGUAGGAAGCAGCUGGGGGUGCGCCCUGCCCACAGACGCCAUGCUGGGGCUGGUUCUGGGGGGGCUGGCGAUCAGCGCAGUGAGCCUGGCUGGUUGCCUGGGUGCCCUGUGUGAGAGCCCCUGUCUGCUGCGCUGCUUCUCUGCCGGCCUUCUCGUCUUUCUGGCGCUAGAGGCCACGGCUGGCAUCCUGGUGGUAGCCCUCUGGGGCCCGCUGUGGGACAGCCUGGACCAUGCCCUGCACGUGGCCAUCAGCCACUACCAGGACAACCCAGACCUCUGCUUCCUCCUGGACCAGGUGCAGCUGAGGCUGCAGUGCUGCGGGGCCAUCUCCUACCGGGACUGGCAGCUGAACCCGUACUUCAACGGCAGCUCCCCCGGGGUCCAGGCCUGCAGCCUCCCUGCCUCCUGCUGCAUCGACCCCGGGGAAGAGGGUGCCUCCGUCCACACCCAGUGCGGCUCUGGGGCUCUGCGCCCGGGCGAGGCCGCGGCCCGGAGAGUGGUGCAUCUGGAAGGCUGCGGGCCGCGACUACGGGGGUGGCUGCGCCAGAGUGCCUACGUUCUGGGCGGGGGCGCCAUAGCGGUGGCCUUGGUCCAGGGCGUGGAGCUCCUGCUGGCUGCACGGCUGCUGAGCGCCCUGGCCGUGCGCCAGGGGGCGGCAGAGGGCGUGCGGCUGAAGCCCGGCCAGCUGCCAACCCUGCUCGAUGGCGCUUCCCAGUCCCCGGAGGCCAGGCAGGGGGCCCUCGUCCCCGACCGGUCCGCCGCCGCCUGCCCAGGUCUGUCGCCCCUGUCGGCAACCUCCGAUGGAUGCCUGUGCUGCGGCCCGCCUGCGCUCCGGCUUCUGGAGACAUUUGCCCUCCGUCCACCUACUCGCCCACCCGUGCGCUUGCCAGUGCCCCUGCAGGCAGAUUGCAUGCUGACCCCCAACCUCCGAAAGCCACCCACUCUGCUGUUUGCAAUGCCUUCUUACAGUGGGCUCCUGACACGGAGCCCAGUCACGGCCAAUGUGCUCCCCUGCUGCCCCCGCCUGGCCAUUGUCCCAGGCCCAAGGCAGCCCCACCUUCGCUGUGACCUUCUCUGGCCCCCCAUGUGCCCCCUUUUCCUGCUCAAGUUGGUGGUGGUGGGCUGGCUCGCCCGCCCCCUGCACCUUGUCCACACGGGUGCCUCCUGUGGAAGGACCCUGCCCAUGGUCCUCCUGCGGCUCUAUUCCACUCAUGACACGCCCUAG